UAUAUGCGAAUAUGAGCGGGAAAACUAUGCAUGAUCAUAGUCUUGCGCAUGACAUGGGGCAUGAUGCUCACGCUCUAGCUUCAACUGGGCAUGAUGCUCAUGCUGACGCUCAUGGAGACCCACAUGCUGACGCUCACGGGCAUGGAAGCGGCCAUGGUGAUGGUCAUGGAGAUGCACACGGCGGGGGUCAUCAUGGUCCUCCACCUAUUAGUUUGGCGUUCUGGAAGUUGUCACACGUUCAGCCUUACCUAGUGGUCACUAUGUUCAUCAUCCUUACAGGGUUCGCCAAGAUGGUUUUCCAUAAGAUGCAUUGGCUCUCUUCCAGGAUUCCUGAAUCUGUUUUACUUAUUAUUGUUGGCGCUAUUUCUGGAGCUAUUAUUAACACAAUAGAUGCUUGCGAAAUUCAGGAAGAAUGCGAUGACAUCAGAACAUUUCCUAGAUUUACUCCAUCUCUGUUCUUCUACUUUCUUCUUCCUCCCAUUAUUCUUGAAUCUGCGUUUUCUCUUCACAACAAGGUCUUCAUGGACAACUUGCGUAGUAUCAUCCUAUACGCAGUCUUUGGAACUAUCUGUAACUUCCUCAUGAUCGGUGGUUUAUUGAUUCUAUUCUACAACAUAAAAUGGAUGGGAUCCAGUACAGUUUAUAAAUCAGAGUUUACUCAAAGAGCAAUUGAGCCUCAUCAUUUGAAUUUUACAGUUCCUGAGGAGAACGAGUUCACGUCAAUGACGAAUAUUCAAAUUUUGCUGUUUGCUAGUUUAAUAUCAGCUGUUGAUCCUGUAGCUGUAUUAGCAGUAUUUUCAGAGGUUGGAGUGAAUCCUGAUUUAUAUUAUAUGGUGUUUGGUGAAUCCCUCCUGAACGACGGUGUAGCUGUGGUACUCUACAAUAUGAUGAAUGCUUUUGCAGGUUUGGAGUCAACUGGAGCGGAGGUCACUGGGCUUCAUAUUAUUACUGGAAUUGGAUCUUUCUUCACAGUUGCUCUAGGUGGAUUGUUUGUUGGUUUUGUGUUUGGAUUGAUUACUGCAGUAGUUACAAAAUACACUACAGACAUAGUGGCAUUAGAACCCUUGGCAGUCUUCAGUUUGGCUUAUCUUUCAUACGUAUUCGCUGACUUGGUCAAUUGGUCUGGUAUCAUCAGUCUUAUAGGAUGUGGUAUGCUACAGGCUCACUACGCUUUCAAAAACAUAUCUGAGCAUGGUCACACUUGUAUUCAUGUAUUCAUCAAGAUGUUGGCCGGUCUAUGUGAUUGUAUUAUCUUUAUCUAUCUUGGAAUGGCCCUUUUUGGAUCACACACAUGGCAUACAGGUUAGUUGAU